AAUUUUGUGACUCAGAUUUUUUAACAUCGGAUGCCGAAUGAAAUGGUUCUUGAUGUUAGGGGUUCGUGAUUUGAUGAGAAACUUUCGUGGUGCAAUAUCGCAGCUCCGUGGUAAAAAUUCGUCAACUUUGUGGUCCUAUAGUUGCUCAAGAACUGGUCUGUUGUUAGAGGUCUAACCUAAGAGGAGCAACGAACUGCGAUUUUUGUUGGCUGCUGGAAUUUUCGUUUUUCUUUCAACGAGGAAGAUGACUGAUGGCUGCUGGGAUUUCGCUUGGAGAAGGCAACAAACUCUGAUUUUCAAGGGUUUUGAUUUUUGGGGGAAUAGAUAUCCUUUAACCUAAGAGAAGAAGAGCAAACGAUGCCGUUCACUGCUGGCUGGAGCAGAUUAGUCCAAAACUAUGUCGUCUCAUUAACCGCAACUUAUGUUGUUAGACCUCUAAACACCAGAGGAUCUGCAUCGCCGCCGCCCCUCCUGCUACUAGUCUGGUGGGACGGUAAAAGAAACGUGCGAUCGAGAAGGUCAGUACCAAGAGGGAUUUUCUUUCCUUUUUCGGUCCUUUUCCGUUUGUUUCCCACUUGCACGCAAUCGAAAGCAACUUGGCCACGUGUGCUCACUAACAGUUAUUAAUAAAUAAUAGCGCGCACUCUCAUCCCCAUUUUCCCUUUAUUCAAAAAAGAAAAAAUUGAAAAUAAAAUCAUGUCUGAGCGAGAAAUUUAAGUCGGCCCAAGCUUAAGAAAAGCCAGGCCCAUGUGGCGAACCGAUUCAAUCCAGAUUAUAUUUAUGGCCUCACACGAAGAUCCAAAAUUGCAAUUGGCGGCGCACUUUAGCAAGAAAGUCUGAGUUGGAACGUGGUGGGCGGGCGUUGAUCGUAUCGUAAUCCAUUCUGGAGAACGACGUGGCAUGCUUAACGUCCAUAUCCCCUGUUCUUCUUCCACUCCUCUCCUCUGUUUCUAUACACUGUCAUUUUGAUAGAUAUAGAGGGAGAAAGUGUGUGUGUGUGUGUGUGUGAGUGAGCGAGAGAGCGAGAGAGAGAGGCGCGAAUGGCGUUGUUGUGGCUGCAGACCCAGCUGACUACCCCUAUCAACCUCAAUCAUCGUCGCCAAACCAAAACUUUCACCGGAAGCCAAAGGUCAAUCUUCUGGCGGGGCACAUUAGUGGCGGAGCCUCACGGUCUUAUUUGCACACACUCCUCGUCCCUCUCGUUUGCUAAUUCGUCUCCUAAAGCCAGAGAGUGUGUGCGGAGGCCAUUAGUUACGUGUAAUGCUCAGGCAGCUCCGGCAGCGACGAAUCUAGCACCGGGGACACCAGUUAGGUCUACGAGCAUACUGGUGGUUGGUGCCACCGGAACUCUUGGGAGGCAGAUUGUGAGGCGAGCCCUGGAUGAGGGCUACGAUGUGCGGUGUCUCGUGAGGCCUAGACCUGCUCCCGCCGAUUUCCUUCGCGAUUGGGGCGCCACCGUCGUCAAUGCAGACCUAAGCAAACCCGAGACAAUACCUGCAACACUGGUGGGCAUCCAUACAGUCAUUGACUGUGCCACAGGACGUCCAGAGGAGCCCAUAAAAACUGUAGACUGGGAAGGAAAAGUUGCUCUUGUACAAUGUGCAAAAGCGAUGGGGAUCCAGAAGUUCGUGUUCUUCUCCAUCCACAACUGCGACAAGCAUCCUGAGGUGCCACUGAUGGAGAUCAAGUAUUGCACUGAGAAUUUUCUCAAGGAGUUGGGCAUUAACCACAUUAUAAUCCGAUUAUGUGGUUUCAUGCAGGGAUUGAUUGGGCAGUAUGCCGUGCCUAUAUUAGAAGAUAAGUCUGUCUGGGGAACAGAUGCCCCAACACGUAUAGCUUACAUGGACACGCAAGAUAUAGCUCGAUUGACAUUUAUUGCCUUGCGCAAUGAGAAAAUCACUGGGAAGCUUCUCACAUUUGCAGGGCCUCGUGCAUGGACAACCCAAGAGGUGAUAACACUCUGUGAGAGGCUGGCAGGGCAAGAUGCAAACGUGACUACAGUUCCUGUCUCAAUUUUGAGAGUGACCCGUCAGCUGACUAGGUUUUUUGAGUGGACAAAUGAUGUUGCUGAUAGAUUGGCAUUUUCAGAGGUUCUUACGAGCGAUAUUGUAUUCUCAGUUCCAAUGGCUGAGACAUACAGCCUACUUGGUGUGGAUUCAAGCGAUAUUGUUACUCUAGAGAAAUAUCUGCAGGAUUACUUCACAAACAUAUUGAAGAAAUUGAAAGACCUCAAAGCACAAUCAAAGCAAACAGACAUUUAUUUCUAGAAGAAUUUUUUUUGCGUGCCUAUGGAGCUGUAUGUAGUGAUGAAGCCCUAUAACUUGUAACAAUGAAGCAGAGGUAUGCCUGCAUUCUCUCUCUUUGUCCUUGUUCAACGCUUUCAUAUUUGAGGAAAAAUAGUAAAUUAAUCGAGAAAGAGAGACAGAUGAACAGUUUGGUCGAUUUGAGGGCAAAAAAAGAAGAAAAGUUGGGUCCUUAUGCCCUCUGAUUUUUCAUGUACAUGUAUGGAAAUAUGAAUGCCAUUGCUUUGCACAUACUUUGUAGAAUGACUGUAAUAUUUCGCAAUUAUUUAUUGUCAUUUAAAAGUUAUCAGCAUCCUGAAGAAAACUUUGGCCCAACUGAUUUUGUUACUCAU